AUGGUCUUCUCCUCCUCUGCUACUGUUUAUGGACAACCUGUAAAGUUUCCAUGCGUCGAAGAAACUGAGCUGAAUGCAAUGAACCCUUACGGUCGAACUAAGCUCUUCCUUGAGAAGAUAGCUCGUGAUAUUCAAAAGGCCGAUUCAGAAUGGAGAAUUAUAUUAUUGAGAUACUUCAACCCAGUUGCAGCUCAUGAAAGUGGCCAGAUUGGGGAAGAUCCUAAGGGUAUUCCUAAUAAUCUCAUGCCUUACAUUCAACAAGUUGCUGUGGGCAGGUUGCCUGAGCUCAACGUUUAUGGCUAUGAUUAUCCAACGGAUGACGGCAGCGCGAUUCGGGACUACAUUCAUGUAAUGGAUGUGGCUGAUGGUCAUAUUGCAGCUCUUAAAAAGCUUUUCAUCACAGAGAACAUUGGUUGUAUUGCCUAUAAUUUGGGUACUGGACGUGGAACCUCUGUCUUUGAAAUGGUUGCUGCUUUUGAGAAAGCAUCUGGCAAGGUAUGAACCUUCAAUCAUGUAUGCAG